AUGGAGUUUGGGGACGGCUGGCCUCAGAGCUGCCAUGGGACCAGGGAUCUCUCCUGUAUGAGCGACCUCACCAUCAUACAGACCACACAGGGGUUCUGUAAGUAUCUGGAGCAAUGUUUCGGGCAGUGUCUGAAGGAGAGGGGGGUGGUGGUAGGGUUUGAUGCCCGUGCCCACCCUCCCAGUGGAGGCAGCAGUAGACGUUUUGCCAGCCUGGCGGCCGCCGUGUUCACCUGCCGAGGAGUCCCUGUCCACCUGUUCUGUGACAUCACACCCACACCCUUCGUGCCCUUCGCUGUGUCUCAUCUGGGUCUGUGUGCUGGCGUCAUGGUAACCGCCUCCCACAACCCCAAACAGGACAACGGCUACAAGGUGUAUUGGUCUAACGGUGCCCAGAUCGUGCCGCCCCAUGAUAAGGGCAUCUCUGUAGCCAUCGAGGCUAACCUGGAGCCCUGGCCUGAGUCCUGGGACAUAACCUCUCUGUCUCACAGCCCUCUGCUGAAGGACCCGUUCAACAUUCACACAGAGUACUACAGGGCCAUCCAACAGCACUGUCACCACAGGGACAUCAACAAGAGUUCAGAGGUGAAGAUCGUGCACACCUCCGUGCACGGAGUCGGACACGCCUUCGUCCAAUCAGCUUUCAAGGCCUUUGACCUCCGACCCCCGUACGCCGUAGAGGAGCAGAAAGACCCCGACCCGGAGUUCCCCACCGUCAAAUACCCCAACCCUGAGGAGGGGAGGGGGGUCCUGACCCUGUCGUUUGCCCUGGCGGAGAGGGAGGGAGCUACUGUAGUUCUGGCCAACGACCCUGACGCUGACCGCCUGGCCGUUGCUGAGCAACAGAAAGGUGGUCAGUGGCGUGUUAGUGGUAAUGUGUUGGGCGUUGCUGAGCAACAGAAGGGAGAGGCCUGUGCAAAGGGAUCGCCCGGUCACAUCCUGUGUGGACAGGAAACUCUGACUGGGUUCAAGUGGAUGGGCAACAGAGCCAGAGAGCUGCUGGACCAGAACAAGAUUGUACUGUUCGCCUUCGAGGAGGCUAUAGGUACACACACACACACACACACACACACACACACUACACUAUACUACACUAUAGUACACUACACUAUAGACUAA